CAUCUUGUAUCAUUACCAAUGGAAAAAUUGGUAAUAAACGAGUUUGGUCUUGUGGUGUAACUUUUAAACGUUUAAUCGAAUGUUAAUGUUUACGUGUAGAAGCAACGCUUAUGUGACCGUGCAGAAAUAAUUCUGCUCCUUAAAUAUUAGCAAUAAGGCUAAGUGUAAUUCUGACAGAGUUUUUAAGAAAAACAUAUUGUCAGAUUUCAGCGCUGCACGAUGGAUUCCAUUCCAAGAACGCAUGAAGAUAUUGAAGCACAAAUUCGAGAAAUUCAAUCAAAGAAAAAGGAAAUUCAAAAUGCAGCCACAGAGAAAGAACAAGUGGGGCUAGGAAAAACUGGUUUUUAUGACCAAGAUAUUUAUGAUGGAAGUAAUAACAAAUAUGAAGGCUAUGUCACUUCAAUUGCAGCCAAUGAUGAAAUUGAGGAUGAAGAUUAUGAACCAACUACUUUUAGUACUAACAAAAGACCAGGUUACAAUGCACCAGCUGCGUUACUUAAUGAUGUUGCACAGAGCGAAAAGGAUUACGAUCCAUUCGCAGAUAGACGACGUCCGACGAUAGCAGAUAGAGAAGAUGAAUACAGACAAAAGAGGCGCCGGAUGAUUAUAUCACCUGAGCGUGUCGAUCCUUUUGCAGAAGGUGGUAAGACGCCAGACAUCGGUUCUAGGACGUAUACUGAGAUUAUGCGAGAACAGUUAUUAAAAGGAGAAGAAACUGAAUUACGAAAAAAACUAGCAGAAAAAGCCAAAGAAGGAACUUUAAAAGCAAAUGGUGAACCUAAGCCAGCACCUAAGAAAAGGGGUCGUUGGGAUCAAACAGAUGAUGCUCCAACACCUAAGAAACCAACUGGUACCACUAUAGCACCAACAUCUUGGGACAAUGCAGAUGUAACACCAGCUGCCAUCAGAUGGGACGAAACACCCGGGCAUGGUAAAGGUGGAGAAACUCCUGGUGCAACGCCAGGUGUAAGUACAAGGAUGUGGGAUGCUACUCCGGGGCAUGCAACACCUGGUGCAGCUACUCCUGGUAGAGAAACUCCCUCCCAUGAAAAAACCGUUUCAAGUCGUAGGAAUCGGUGGGAUGAGACACCGAAAACUGAACGUGAAACACCUGGUCACAGUAGUGGCUGGGCAGAGACUCCAAGGACAGAUCGUGUUGCGGGGGACUUGAUUCAAGAAACACCAACACCUUCUGCUAGUAAGCGUCGAAGUCGAUGGGACGAAACACCUUCGAAUCAGACACCUGGUUCUAUGACCCCACAGACGCCAGCAACUCCUCUUACAACACCGCAUCAAACUUCUAUUUUAACACCUAGCGGAGUAACGCCGACCGGACCUAAAGCUAUGGGAUUGGCUACCCCAACACCAGGGCAUUUAAUGUCGAUGACGCCUGAACAGCUUCAAGCAUAUCGUUGGGAAAGAGAAAUAGACGAGAGGAAUAGACCACUUUCAGAUGACGAAUUAGAUGCUCUGUUCCCUCCUGGAUACAAAGUUCUACAACCUCCUGCCGGUUAUAUUCCAAUUCGUACACCCGCAAGAAAACUCACCGCCACGCCAACGCCGAUUGCGGGAACUCCGCAAGGAUUUUUCAUCCAAACCGAGGACAAAACUGCAAAAUUCGUAGAUAACCAACCAAAAGGAAACUUACCUUUUAUGAAACCAGAAGACGCACAAUAUUUUGAUAAAUUAUUGGUCGAUGUUGAUGAAGAGACACUCAGUCCUGAAGAACAAAAAGAGAGGAAGAUUAUGAAAUUGUUAUUAAAAAUUAAAAAUGGUACACCGCCGAUGAGGAAGGCUGCUUUAAGACAAAUCACGGACAAGGCAAGAGAAUUUGGUGCGGGUCCUUUGUUCAAUCAGAUACUUCCUCUACUUAUGUCCCCCACGUUGGAGGAUCAAGAACGUCAUCUUCUAGUGAAAGUUAUCGAUCGUAUUCUUUAUAAAUUAGAUGAUUUGGUGAGACCUUAUGUACAUAAAAUUCUAGUCGUCAUUGAACCUCUACUCAUUGACGAAGAUUAUUAUGCUCGUGUAGAGGGUAGAGAAAUCAUUUCCAAUUUAGCAAAAGCAGCAGGUUUGGCGACAAUGAUCUCCACGAUGAGACCAGAUAUCGAUAACAUCGAUGAAUACGUGCGAAAUACAACAGCAAGAGCGUUUGCUGUAGUUGCUUCAGCUUUAGGAAUUCCUUCUCUACUUCCGUUUUUGAAAGCCGUUUGUCGUAGUAAAAAGUCGUGGCAGGCUCGUCACACGGGUAUCAAAAUUGUACAACAAAUUGCCAUUCUUAUGGGGUGUGCUAUAUUACCACACUUGAAGAGUUUAGUUGAAAUUAUUGAACAUGGUCUGGUUGACGAGCAACAGAAAGUACGUACCAUUACCGCUUUAGCAAUCGCUGCUUUGGCUGAAGCAGCAACACCUUACGGUAUUGAAAGUUUUGACUCUGUUUUGAAACCACUUUGGAAAGGUAUCCGUACGCACAGAGGAAAAGGUCUUGCUGCAUUCUUGAAAGCUAUUGGUUAUUUAAUUCCACUUAUGGACGCUGAAUAUGCAAAUUACUAUACCCGUGAAGUGAUGCUGAUUCUCAUACGUGAAUUCCAGUCUCCUGAUGAAGAAAUGAAAAAGAUCGUGUUAAAGGUGGUGAAACAAUGUUGUGGAACAGAUGGUGUAGAGGCACAAUAUAUUAAAGACGAAAUUCUUCCACAUUUCUUUAAGCACUUCUGGAAUCAUCGAAUGGCUUUAGAUCGUAGAAAUUACAGACAACUCGUCGAUACAACCGUAGAAAUAGCGAACAAAGUUGGUGCAUCAGAAAUUAUAAAUCGUGUAGUAGAUGAUUUGAAAGAUGAAAAUGAACAGUACAGGAAAAUGGUUAUGGAAACUAUUGAGAAAAUAAUGGGUAACUUAGGAGCCGCUGAUGUUGACUCUCGUUUAGAAGAACAGCUUAUAGACGGUAUUUUAUACGCUUUCCAGGAACAGACAACAGAAGAUGUUGUAAUGUUGAAUGGUUUUGGUACAAUUGUGAAUACAUUAGGAAAACGAGUAAAGGCGUAUCUUCCACAAAUCUGUGGUACAAUAUUGUGGAGAUUAAAUAAUAAAUCUGCGAAAGUGAGGCAACAAGCUGCUGAUUUGAUAUCACGAAUUGCUGUUGUUAUGAAAACAUGUCAAGAGGAAAAACUAAUGGGCCAUCUAGGUGUUGUUCUUUAUGAAUAUUUAGGUGAAGAAUAUCCUGAAGUAUUAGGUAGCAUCUUAGGCGCAUUGAAAGCCAUCGUUAACGUCAUAGGAAUGACGAAAAUGACUCCACCAAUUAAAGACUUACUACCGCGACUUACUCCUAUAUUGAAAAACAGACAUGAAAAAGUACAAGAAAAUUGCAUCGAUCUCGUAGGUAGAAUCGCAGAUAGAGGACCUGAAUAUGUGUCUGCCAGGGAAUGGAUGAGAAUAUGUUUUGAACUUUUGGAAUUGUUAAAAGCUCACAAAAAGGCAAUUAGAAGAGCUACAGUAAACACAUUCGGUUACAUUGCAAAAGCGAUAGGACCUCACGAUGUGUUAGCAACACUCCUGAAUAACUUGAAAGUACAAGAACGACAAAAUCGUGUUUGUACCACGGUAGCUAUUGCUAUCGUAGCUGAAACCUGUAGUCCAUUUACGGUACUCCCUGCGUUAAUGAAUGAAUACAGAGUACCGGAAUUAAACGUACAAAAUGGUGUAUUAAAAUCUCUAUCAUUUUUAUUUGAAUAUAUUGGUGAAAUGGGAAAAGAUUACAUUUAUGCUGUGAGUCCAUUAUUAGAAGAUGCACUCAUGGAUAGGGAUUUAGUUCAUAGACAAACUGCAUGCGCUGCCAUUAAACAUAUGGCAUUAGGAGUUUAUGGGUUCGGAUGUGAAGAUGCGUUAAUACAUUUAUUGAACCAUGUAUGGCCAAAUGUUUUUGAAACUUCACCGCAUUUGGUACAAGCGUUUAUGGAUGCUGUGGAUGGUUUACGCGUCGCUCUUGGACCAAUCAAAAUAUUGCAAUAUACUUUACAGGGAUUAUUCCAUCCGGCACGAAAAGUACGAGAUGUAUAUUGGAAAAUUUAUAAUUCUCUUUACAUAGGUGGACAGGAUGCUCUUGUAGCUGGCUAUCCUCGAAUUAUGAAUGAUCCAAAGAAUCAAUAUAUUAGAUAUGAAUUGGACUAUGUUUUAUAAUAGAACCCGAUAUAUGCAAAAUUCGUGUAUCAUACGUUUAUAUGAUCUUCGUAAAAGUAAGUGUCAUUGGCUUAUUGUUUAUAAAUAGUCAUACUAAAUAGCUGUCUGUUAUGUGACAUAUAAGGUAGACAUUACGGUGAACUUUGAAAGUAUUUAUUUCCUGGACUUCUUUUAACAAAUUAUACAUAGAUUCUUUUUUAUUAGAAA